UCUACCACCAGCGGAUCCAGAUCCCCCGACCCAAAAAGUGGUUCCUGGGCUGAAACACGCCGUUGGCCGUCGAGCGAAUAGCCUCAUCCACCGAUCUCGGACAAGCCACCCGUUCAGGGUCCGUUCAGGGUCUUUGGCAGCACAAAUCCGUGGUUGACAACCGUAUCAAGGAGGUGGUCCGUGGUCUCUUGGAGACUACUGUUGAACAGUCUGCGACAGUAUGAAACGAGAAAUGCGCUUGAAACAAGCACACAUCCGAAGAAAUCGUUUUAUCUCGGAAAUCGAAGAAGCAGCACCUCGACCACAUGUGAACUGGCUAUGGGACCUGGGGAUGCCCUUUUUUUUUUUUUAUAAAUAGGCUCGCGUGGUGCCUGCCUGGUGAUGCUUGAGUGAUCGAACGGCAUCCCAAUCCAGCACCAACUACCCACGAUGAAGCUUCCAUUGUUCUUCCUCGGCUUUAUGGGCCUUGCAGCUGCCACUCCCAUGGGCCUUGAAACCCGCCAAUUCAGUUCAGGAAACGAACUCCGUGACGGGGCCUGCAAGCCCAUCAUCUUCAUUUUCGCGCGAGCAUCCACGGAGCCGGGUCUCCUUGGUAUCUCAACCGGCCCGGCCGUCUGCAACAACCUCAAGAUGGCCAAGGCCGGCCAGGUCCUCUGCCAGGGUGUCGGUCCCGCCUACACGGCCGAUCUACCGUCCAACGCCUUGCCCGGCAACACCUCCCCAGCAGCCAUCAACGAAGCCAAAUCCCUCUUCAACCUUGCUGCAUCCAAGUGCCCCAACAGUCAGAUCCUGGCUGGUGGGUAUAGUCAAGGAACGGCUGUGAUGGACGACUCGAUCAAGGAGCUGAACGACAACGUCAAGGACAUGAUCAAAGGCGUGGUCCUCUUCGGCUACACCCGUAACGCCCAGGAGCACGGCCAGAUCCAGAAUUUCCCCAAGGACAAGGUCAAGAUUUACUGUGCCACGGGCGACAUGGUCUGCGACGGCACUUUGCUCGUCCUCCCCGCCCACUUCACCUACGUCGCCAACACCGGCGAGGCCUCGAAGUGGCUGGAGUCGAAGCUGGGAAGCACCAGCUCCUCAUCGAACCAGAUCAGCAGUGGAACAAGCACCAGCAGCGGCAGCUCGGAGUCGUCGACCACCUCUUCCGGAUCUUCCGGGUUGUCCGGGCUCGGCGGGCUGGGCUCGCUCUUCGGCGGCGGUAGCAGUGGGUCGAGCGGAAGCUCGAGUGGCUUGGGCUCAUUCUUCUAAACGAUCUCACCUAGUGAUGUGGGUGAUGAACGAGUGAAAGGCGGCUAGAGUCGGAAACUGGAAGCUUGUAUACGGAUGGUGGGUG